UUCCUCUUUCCUUCACCUCUUCUCCUCGCCUCCUCCCUCCCACAAUGCAUUGCGUUGUCUCGUUGGAUCAUGGACCAGAGCGCAGACAACGAUCUUCAAGGAAGCGAUGGUUCUGGGAGUUUGGGUGGCCCAGAUGUUCGCAGACGAAUCCCCAUCAAACUGAUAUCCAAGCAGCCCUUAAGGAGCAAACCUCCGCCCCGCGCCCAGAGACCCAGCAGCAGGCCAUCUAAAACCGAGGCUGGAGAAGACGGUAACUUUGGCUUCAAGCAAGAGGAGAGGUUUGAUUGUGGAGCUAAAUCUGGCGAUGUGUUUGCAACUCAGAGGAGAUUCCCCCAGGCACUGUUUUGGGACUAUAAGUUAAAUUUGAUCGGAGAAAGGGAUGACGUACCAAUUCACUUUUGUGAUAAAUGCGGUCUUCCUAUCCAGCUAUAUGGACGAAUGAUCCCCUGCAAACAUGUUUUCUGUUACGACUGUGCUUUGCUUCAUGAGAAGAAAGGAGACAAGAUGUGCCCCGGCCUCACCAUGUACAACUGUACAGACCCAGUGCAGCGCAUCGAGCAGAGCCUGCGUGGUUCCCUCUACAUGUGCAGCGUUGUGCCGGGAUGCAAGCGCACCUACCUGUCCCAGCGCGACCUGCAGGCCCACGUCAACCACCGCCACAUGAGGGCAGCCAAGUCCUCCGCCGGCCGACAGGAUUCCGUGCACAUGCCCCCUUCGUCCGAUGUCCCCGACCGCUUCCGCCUGCCUCCGCCCCACUUACCGAAGAACCACGUUCACCUCCCCAACCCGCUCCAGCACGGCAGCCACGACCCCUACAGUCAGCCGCCGCCGCCCACAGGUCACGACGCCCCGCCCCCGACCGCCGUCGGCCCCGAGACAUUCCGCAUCGCUACGGUAACGACCCGUAAGCACAGCAACCUCAUCACCGUGCCCAUCCAAGAUGACUCUUCCUCUCGGGACCCGCUCUCUGGUGGGCCAGGCCCAGCUCAGCCCCCCCACCACCACCCCGGGGACUAUCCCGGUCAGCCACCUGUCGUGUCCCACUCUCACCACAUGAUGGCGCCACCGCAGCAGCACUUCGGCCCUCCACCUCCCCCGCCUCCUCCCAUCAACCACCCCAUGCAGCAUCCUCCCCAGGCCUCCGGCACACCACACAUGGUGUACAACCAGGCCCCUCCUCCGCCCAUGUCCUCAGCUCCGCCACCGAUCACUCCUCCACCGGGGCACAUCAUGAACCAGAUGCCCCCCUAUAUGAACCACCCGCCCCCGGGACCACCACCACAACACAGUGGCCCGCCUGUCAACGCACCCCCGCCCCAUCACUACAACCCCAACUCCAUGCAGCAGUUCCCCGAAGACCAGGGCACCCUCAGUCCCCCGUUCAGCCAGCCAGGAGGGCUCAGUCCUGGGAUGUGGCCCGCUCCGAGAGGACCCCCACCUCCACGAAUGCAGGGUCCUCCUCUCCCCCAGGCGCCGAUGCCUGGACAGCACCACCCAGACCAGGGCCGCUACCGGCCUUAUUAUCAGUAAACUGCCAACAGUGUCAUUCUGUUCCAUACCACUUUGUCUGAAUAAUGUGAUAGUAGACCUCAGGGUUCUAGGACUUUCAUUUUGAUAAGACAUUUGCCCCGAAGCAGAUGUGCUGCACCUUUUAGUUAAGUGUACUGAACAUACAAUAGACUUGCAGAAGAGCACCAAUGCCCCCUUUUUUUUUUUUAAUAAUAGCGUAUGGUAAAUAUUUCUGUAUAUAUGUCAGCUGAUUUCACGCAUAUGUACUGUACAUCGAAAGACGCUAACUAUGUCUCAAUAAAUUUUUAACGGCAGAUGUGCAUCUCAUCUUUGUUUGGUAUGAUGACUGAUGAAGGAUCACCUGCUGGGUCGA